AUGGCACCACCCAAAAAAUAUCACACAACUGAAUCAAAGCGUCAUUCAGUGUGCGAGAAAAGCAAACGCUACUAUGAAAGGCUCCAGAUCCGACUCCGACGCAAAGCUGCCUACGACGCCAGAGCUUUGCAAGACCCAGCACCCCAGUGUUCAUUCUCACCUUCUGACUACUCUAGCAAAGAGCCUACUGUCGUGAAUGUCAAACACAUUACUAGAGUUGGAAAGACUAAUGCACUUGAAAUUCAAACAAGGAGAAAAUACCUAACACGUCAAGCUAAAACCUUGCCUUUGUUUAACAAUGCCCCUCCCAUACCACCUAUACCGUCCACCAACAUAUUCCCCAAACUGAGCGCAGAGGCAAAAGCCCUUCAAGACAAAUUCAAUUCCUUCAUUCAGGGCACGUCUAUUGGUGAAUAUGCGGAGUCGCUCUUGAGAGCUUACUUCAAGUCAAACUCAAAACGCCAGGGACAAAUCAGUGUCUUUGUAGAUCCAUUGCAAGACCUGUAUGAGCUCCGGGACACCUAUACGAAGAUUCAAGAUCAAUCUCUUGAAGCCGAAGGUUUGAGUGCGAGGCAUAAUUCACUGGUACAAGCAGGUGGUCCUAUCAACAAGGUCGUUGAGUGGGUGGAAGAUUUUUGGCAUUGCGCGAUCGAUGGUCCAGGGAGCUUACUGCGUACAUACAAUGUGAAACGAUUAGCGUGGCAAAGAGAUACUAUUAGUUAA